AUAACAAAUGUGUUGUAUAAGUGAUGAUGUGUCACAAGUGCACACUCACAUAAAUAAAAAAUAUAAAUAUAUAUGUUUUUAUAAAACCUGAUAUGAUUUACGAUAUAGUAUCGAUAAUACCCGACAGCUGUUAUUGUACAGACAGUACUGACUCAUAAUAUAUAUAUAUAUAUAUAUAUAUAUAUAUUUAUAUAUAUAUUCAAAAAAAAUAACAGGUUAUGUUGUGAUAGUGUCACGAUGGAUAAUGAACAAGUUGGAAAUAAUAAUAAUAAACAUAAUUGCAAUAAUAUUUUAAAUAAUAAUAGUGACAAUAGUAAAAAUUAUGACGAGCAAAUAAAUAUAAUGGAUAAAAAACAUAUAAGAUUUCGUAAAUCAUUUAAUUGUGAUGGUAAUCAACGUAUUGAGGGAUUGAAAUUUGAUAAUUAUUCAGAUAAUAAUAAUUUUAAUCAUAAUCAUAAUAAUCAGGAUCACGAGGACGAUAAUGACGGCGAGGGCAGUGGGGAAGGGGAAGGGGGAGAGGAAGAAAGUGAGAGAGAGAAAAAAUUUAAAAAAGGUGUGUCAUUCUUUGGGUUCAUCAAGACCGAGCUGACGAGGGGCUACGAGUUGGAAAAUGACGAGGAAAGAUUUUCAGCGAGAAGGGAAAAAAUUUAUUCGUUUAUUAAAAUACCCAGGGAGGUGGAGAAGUUCAUGACCUAUGGAUUCCUGCAGUGUGCGGAUUCAUUUCUAUUUGUCUACACGUUUCUACCUCUACGGUUUAUAAUGGCACUGUGGGCCAUAAUAUCUCGAUCUCUAGGAUAUUGUUUCAGAGCAACGAAUUCAAAAAAAUCCGAACGUUUUUUACGACCAGCAGAAAUGUGUGACUUAUUAAAAGGAAUAGUCGUAAUAAGUUGUUGCGUAGCGACAACCAAAGUCGAUACUUCGAUAAUGUAUCACUUGGUAAAGAGUCAGAGUGUAAUAAAACUGUACAUUUUUUACAAUAUGUUGGAAGUGGGGGACCGACUAUUCAGCGCAUUCGGCCAGGACACAAUCGACGCACUUCUCUGGACCGCCACCGAACCCCAAUCACGAUCUCGCUCCCGUCGUCGUCAACACUUAGGCACACUACCUCAUUUACUAUUCGCCAUCACUUAUGUCAUAUUGCAUAGUAUUUUAGUUUUAUUACAAGCGACGACAUUAAAUGUCGCUAUUAAUAGUAGUAACAAAGCAUUGCUGACUAUAAUUUUGUCAAAUAACUUUGUCGAGUUAAAAGGUUCCGUUUUUAAAAAAUUCGACAAAAGUAAUUUAUUCCAACUGUCAUGUGCGGACGUACGUGAAAGAUUCCAUCUUCUGAUGCUGCUACUGGCCGUUAGUUUGCAAACGAUGAAAGAGUACGCGUGGAAAAUGGACCGCCUUUAUAUUUUAUUGCCUGACUGCAUCGUUUUAUUGGCUGCUGAAUUAAUAGUCGAUUGGAUAAAGCACGCGUUCAUAACCCGCUUUAAUGAGUUGCUGUCAACAGUUUACAGAGACUACACACUGAGCCUGGCGUACGAUAUGGCCCAGACCCGUCAAGAAACGGCAUUUUCCGAUCCCUCGGACCUAGUGGCGCGACGAAUGGGCUUCAUUCCCCUCCCCCUUAGUGUCGCAAUGGGCCGCGUGCUGUUCUCGACUCUUUCAGCAACAUCCCGACCCUCAAACUUCAUUCUCUUCUUCAUAGGCUACCUUAUCCUCUUCGCGCUGCGUAUCCUUAACAGCCUAAUAAUUCUAGGAAAAGCCUGUGAUCUCAUCGCUUCCCACUCCGCGAGCACGAACCAAAAAUUCACCGACAAAACCCGAAAGAAUAACGUAUUUAAUCGAACCCUCAGUGUCGACCACACGAACAUCUACACACACAAUCACGGUGCCAAUAAUAACGACUUUGGACCCGUAGCGCCCCUGAUUGUGUUAAAUGACAAAGAAACUAAAUCAGGAGUCGCCAUUUUGUCAAACAGCGCCACUAGUUUGACGAACGUAUGCUUCGAUGACGGUCUCAAUGCCGACAAAAAAAAUUGUGAGGCUUCACAGUCAUGUAAUGACGUUAAUCUAGAGGUUAAAACGGUCAUGCGAGCCGAAAGUGAACCUCUGUUGCCUUAAUUUUGUCUUUCGGAGACUCUAGAGCCAUCUACGUGCUUUUUGAGUUAUUUUUUUUCAAUUCUCUACUCUACAGAAUCAUUAAUCUAACCCAUAUCUACCCGUUGCCACUAAUUUAAAAUCAUUUUGAUUCCUAAACAAAAUGGCCGCCACCAGAUGCCACGAAAUGGCCGCCCGUGACUUCAAAGCUUCUAAAGCCGAUAUUUCCGUCAAUUAUCAACUGAUUUAAAUCAUUUUUUUUUUAAAUUAAAGCCUCAAUGUUCCUCUAAACACCACAACAUCAAAAUUCAUUAACUUUUUUAUUUUACUAAUUUUUUUUUUUGACUUUAAAUGGAAAAAAAUUUUUUUAAAAUCAUCUGACUUUCUUUUGCGGACUAACAUAAUUUUAAAUUGGAAUUUUUUAUCUAAAAUUCAUGAUCAGGGAUAUCGAAAAAUGUUUUCUGAGUGAUUUGUAAAAAAAAAAUUUUUUUAAUCCAUCAACGAGAUUUUAAAUUCCGCCAUUUUGAAUUUUGGCGCCAUUUUGUCAUGCCUAAGAUGAACAAUACUCGGGAGGAAUUUCGAUUAAUUUCUUUUGAAUUUCCCGGGUGAUUUUAUUUAUUUUCGAGGUACGUAGAGCUCUGGAGACUUAUGAUUGAUUAAAAUAAUAGAAUAUUAGUUAAUUUUUGUUGUAAAGUGUACAUAUAUAUAUAUGGGAAUUUUUAUAUUUAUAAGAUCGUGUUGUUUGAUUAUUUAAUUUUUUUUUUAUUGCUAUUUUUUUUUUUUUAUACGGAA